GCACCGCCAGAAGAAACCUGUCGUGCAUCUGCAUUGAGUACGGACGCAGGAGGGAGUAUUCGAUCGAGGGAAAUUGCAUUCGUAGAAUGGAGGGCGGUGGCGGAGUCAUCGGAGAAAGUCGGAGGGACUUGCUCGGAGAAACGGCGGAGAUCUCUACCGGUGAUUCGUCUUGGAGACUCAACAUAAAUGAGUUCCAGUUGCCGGAGCGAGGCUCGGAUCAUCGUCAUCAGGCCUUCAAUCUCCGACGUCUCCUGCGCAAUAAAAGGAAACAGCAAAAGGUUGCUGAGUACUACAAAAAGCAGGAGAAACUCUUGAAAGGAUUCAAUGAAAUGGAAACUAUUCAUGAGUAUGGUGCUUUACCAGAUACUCUUACUGAGGAUGAAGUUAAACAGCUUGCCAAGAGUGAAAGGAUGGCUAUCAAUGUGUCAAAUGCUGCUAAUCUUGUCCUUUUUGUAGCAAAAGUUUAUGCUUCUGUUCAGAGCAGAUCUUUGGCGGUCAUUGCAUCAACAAUGGAUUCCUUCCUCGACCUAUUAUCUGGGCUGAUUCUCUGGUUUACUUCGUAUGCCAUGAAAAAUCCAAACCAUUAUCACUAUCCCAUUGGAAAGAAAAGAAUGCAGCCAGUAGGGAUUAUUGUCUUUGCAUCUGUAAUGGCAACUCUUGGGUUACAAAUCAUACUGGAGUCCGUCCGGCAGCUCAUCGCAAAGUCUGGUCCUGAAAUGAACCAUGAGAAGGAGAAGUGGAUAAUUGGGAUCAUGGUAUCUGUAACUGUUAUCAAGUUCCUGCUUAUGGUUUAUUGCCGCAGAUUUAAGAAUGAAAUAGUCAGAGCUUAUGCCCAAGAUCAUUUUUUUGAUGUCAUCACUAACUCGAUUGGAUUAGUCACUGCUGUCUUAGCAGUUCGGUUUUAUUGGUGGAUUGAUCCUACAGGUGCCAUAAUCAUAGCAAUAUAUACAAUCAACACAUGGGCGAAAACAGUAGUUGAAAAUGUGUGGUCCCUAAUAGGAAGAACAGCUCCCCCAGAAUUCCUCACAAAACUAACUUAUCUCAUAUGGAACCACCACCAAGACAUCCAGCACAUCGACACGGUGAGAGCAUACACUUUCGGUUCUCAUUACUUCGUGGAGGUCGACAUCGUGCUGCCGGAAGACAUGCUGCUGAGCCGGGCCCAUAAUAUCGGCGAAAAGCUACAAGAAAAACUCGAGCAACUUCCGGAGGUCGAGAGGGCUUUCGUUCAUAUAGAUUUCGAAUUCACUCACAGACCAGAACACAACAGCAAAGUAUGAUUCUUGGUGAAGAGUGAGUUAGA